AUGACCGCACGUCUCCUGGAACAGCUAUCGGACGAACAGAAACUGGGUACUCUCCAGCAACUCUUGACGCCAAUCAUUUUCAAGACUACCGACCUCACCCCGGCACGCCUUCUGGACCCCAUUGUCGCUGGCCCGCAGCAGUUCGGACUCGUGUACCUGCAUCUGCUGUCGCUGCUGCAGUUUGCGUUUUUCCAACCGUACCACAACGAAAUCGCGUCGCAGCUCAAAGACACCUCGUUUCUGGCGUACCGGCUGAUCUCGUCGCAGAUCACGUACCUGGUGCUCGGGCUUGGGUACACGCUGGUGCAGGUUUUUUUCCAGAUCGACAUAUACACGGCAUACCCGCAUAAAUUGGGGUUCCUCAUCUUCUGGCUCGUGUCGUACUUGGUGCUGUCGUCGCUUGGUGGCUCCGAAAUUUUAUCGUUAUGGAUACAUGAUGCCUAUAAAGAACGGCUACGACCUGUUCAAAACGCUGCUGUUCAACACUUACAAGCACGCCAACAUGCCGCGCAACGUGUGCGUCCUGAUAGGCUGGGUCGUGGCCACCAACUGCCUGCUGCCGUUCACAAUGAGGUUCUACACCCGGGUCAAAGAGCAGGAGAGCAAGAAGAAGGUGCGAGUGCUCAAAAAGCUCAAACGGCUGCGUAA